AUGGGAGCUUGCGUUAGCUGCAGAACUAAAGAAGACUCAGAGAUUUGCGAGAAGAGACAUUCUACCGCCGAAGAGCAAGAGAUCAUCAAGGCGCAGAUUGAAGAAACUCUCGGUUCCGUCAUCGACUUGACAAAGGGUGGAUCGUCGAAUGGCAAAGGUUUGAGUGGAGAUAUCUACUCGGCAAGAUCUGCGAGCACCUCUGGAAUCGGUUCCGAACGAAGCUCGAGGGGAUUCUCGGACCAAUACGAAGUCGACGAAGAGGAUGAUUACGAAGAUUACGAUCAGCUGCCAGCUCAGAAGACGCGCCCAGUCAGCACGGAGACACCAAGAGCAUCGCUUAACCAAUACGACGACGACGAGGAGGACUACGAUGUCCCAGUAACUAGCCCGAACGCCCGCGUUGUUCCAGACGGACAGCCCGCCGAGAACUUCAUGGAUGACGAAGACUACGACGUUCCUCGACCCUUUGGCUCGACGACAAAGAUUCUUGAGGAGGAAGAAGAGGACGAAUAUGACAUCCCGCGGCCUCAUCGAAUCAUCUCGGAAGUUGAAGAAGAGGAGGACGAUAUUUACGACAUUCCCCGCCCUCUGCUGAUCAAAUAG